AUGUCAGCCCCGAAGUUGCGCGUCGGUAUCGCCGGUCUUGGCCGAAUGGGCCAGCGACACGCCUUGAACUACCAUGUCUUUACUCCUCGUGCCGAAGUGGUAGCAGCAAGCUCCCCCGAUCCCAAGGAGCACAAGUGGGCCGCAGAAAACCUUACAGGAGCAAAGAUUUACAAAGACUAUUAUGAAAUGCUCGAGAAAGAAAACUUGGAUGCUGUAGUUGUUGCCGGUAUUACUGCAGUUCACGCGGAUCAUACCAUUGCUGCUAUCAAGAAGGGCUUACACGUCAUGUGUGAGAAGCCUUUGUCUCUUGACAUCAAGAUUGCUCAAUCUGUUCUCGAUGCCUACAAUACAUCUCUCAAAACAAACCCCAACCAGAAAGUCAUGUGCGGUUUCUCGCGCCGCUUUGAUGCUUCCUACCGCGAAGCCUAUGCGAGAAUGGUCUCAGGCCAACACGGCCGACCAGUGGUCUUCAGAUCCCAGACCGCAGAUAUGCUCGACACCACUGGGACAUUCGUUAAUUACGCCAAGACGAGCGGUGGAAUUUUCCUCGACUGCUCCAUCCACGACAUUGACCUGAUGCUGUGGUUCCUUGGUGAGAACACCAAUAUCAAAAGUCUGCAAGCCGUUGGAGUCGUUGCUGUCCACACUGCAUUAGAUUCGAGCAAGGACCGUGAUAACGCGGUAGCUACGGUCGAGUUUGACGAAGGCAAGAUUGCUACCCUUUUCUGCUCGCGUAUGAUGGCUGCUGGACAGGAAGAUACUACCGAGAUCAUCUGCGAGAGGGGGUCACUCAGAGUUAAUAUGCAUGGCCAGAAGAAUCACCUUGAGAUCCAUGAUCGUCAGGGAGCCAGACGUGAUCUUCCUAAGCAUUAUUAUGAGCGUUUUAGAGAGGCUUUCCUCACAGAGGCUAAUGAGUUCACUGCUUGUUGCUUGGAUAAUACGACUCCGCCAGUGUCACUUUCAAGCUCGGUGAAGGCGGUUGUCAUUGGUUCUGCUUUGCAGAGGAGCUUGACUACUGGUGAAAAGAUUGUUUUUUCGGGGAAAGAGGCUAGACUUUAG